AUGGAGUCCUCUUCCUCCAUCUCCACCCCCGCCUCCUCUCCGCAGCGCCCCUACCGCUUCACUCCAACGCAACCUCUCACCGACCGUGCAAUCCGUGCUAUCCGCCACCGUCUCCACCUCCUCCACCGGGUGGAUUCCAUGUUCUUUGUAUUAGGAGCGACGGGAAAUGUGUACACCGUUAACUUAUCCACCGUCCCAUCUUGUACCUGCCCAGAUAGGACAGUUCCGUGCAAACAUAUUCUCUUUGUGUUAAUUCGCGUACUUGGAAUCCCACUUGACGAUUCUUGCCUUUGGCGUCGGAGUCUUAGGCCGUGCCAACUCCAUCGGCUGCUGAGCUUGCCUACUUCCGCUGAAGCUUUGGCCGGAGACCAAGUGCGGGAAAGGUUUCACCAGCUGUUUUUGCAAGCGACGCCGAGUAGUUCGCGGCCGAGUGUGGAGGUGGAAGGUGGCGCUACUUGUCCGGUUUGUCUAGAGGAGAUGAAGAAAGGAGACAAGGUGGUGGCUUGUGGGACUUGCAAGAAUCCAAUUCAUGAAGAGUGCUUAUUGGCGUGGAAGAGGAGUAGCCGGAGAAGAUCCACCACCUGCGUACUCUGCCGUGCACGGUGGCGUAAUAUUGUAGAACAAGAAAAGUAUUUGAAUCUCUCAGCUUAUAUUAACGAAAAUGACAUGCCAGGGUGUGAUGACGGUCGAUGUGGUGGUUAA